GCCAGGCAGGGAGGCUGGACCUAUAAAACACUCUCUGUUCCGGAGGCGGAGCGGCCGGGUGCAGGCUGUGCUGGUGGGCGCGGUGGCCCGCAGCUUUUGGCUCGCAGAGUGACUGUGCGGAGGGGCCACUGUCCAAGGAUCGGGCUACUGAGGGGUGCCUGCCUCGGUUUACCCCUCAGCAUCCGGUGAAAUCCCUGCAGCGCCUAAGGGGAAAACCGUUCUGCUCCGCGAGGGAAACAGAGCCGUUGAUCAUGGUUGCAACGGGCAGUCUGAGCAGUAAGAACCCGGCCAGCAUUUCAGAGUUGUUGGACGGUGGCUAUCAUCCUGGGAGUCUGCUAAGUGAUUUUGACUACUGGGAUUACGUUGUCCCUGAGCCCAACCUCAACGAGGUGGUAUUUGAAGAGACGACGUGCCAGAAUUUGGUUAAGAUGUUGGAAAACUGUCUAUCCAAAUCAAAGCAAACCAAGCUUGGUUGCUCCAAGGUCUUGGUCCCUGAGAAACUGACCCAGAGAAUUGCUCAAGAUGUCCUGCGACUCUCCUCUACAGAGCCCUGUGGCCUUCGGGGCUGUGUUAUGCACGUGAACUUGGAAAUUGAAAAUGUAUGUAAAAAGCUGGAUAGGAUUGUGUGUGAUGCUAGUGUGGUGCCAACUUUUGAGCUGACACUCGUGUUUAAGCAGGAGAACUGUUCAUGGACGAGCCUCAGGGACUUCUUCUUUAGCAGAGGUCGCUUCUCGUCGGGCCUUCGGCGAACUCUGAUCCUCAGCUCAGGAUUUCGACUUGUUAAGAAAAAACUGUACUCUCUGAUUGGGACGACGGUCAUUGAAGAGUGCUGAGGAGAAACACACGUAAAGUCCCCUAAUGAGUGGAUAAUAAAAGUCUGAAGCUGUCCAGUCAGCCGUUUGUAGUUUGCCUGCCUGCCUCCACCAGCAACUCCCAGAUUUAGGCAAUCUUCCUUCUAUAUUUCCCACCCAUACCAACCUUUUCCAAAGGCUGUCUUUCUCUCUCUCUCUCUCUCUCUCUCUCUCUCUCUCUCUCUCUCUGGCAGCAUCUUACCAGAUAAUGUCCAACCCAUCAAAACAUACAGAGGUCCAUACCACCAGCUUCCUACUCGAAUUUAAAGAGUUCUUACACAAGAGGGUACAGUUAAAUCAAUGAGCUUAAUUAAAACAUCACCUUACAUAAGAAAUACACAGCACAGUAACAAGAGCAUGACCUCUCUGCUUAGCGUUCUCCUAUGCCCAUGCCCAAGAGACAGAGCUUACAUUUUAUUUAAUGAUUACAGGGUUACUUUCAAUGUCUUGGUAGAAUCAUGUCAACUCAGUUUUCCUAGUUCUCAACUAUUGAAUGUUGUCGGAUUUUUUUUCAUAUCGUCUUUAAUUGGAGAAGUAGGAAUGACAUGGUGGCUUUUUUUGGCAUGUAGUUGAGUGGACUGAGCAAAUAGUGAUUGUCCCUCUAUGAAGAUGAAGACAGGUAAGAUGAGAUCCUGUCCUGUUUGGAUGCACUUGAUAGCAUUGCUACUUUGCGCCAUGAAGAUGCUCAGUCCCAGUGAAGCAUCUCUGAGCAUCUGUUUAGCUCAUCUCUGGCCUCUUCAGAGUGUUUAUAUUUGUCAGUGUGUUUAUAUUUGCAGAACCUGGUUUGACUUUGAGAUGUUGUUGCUACUACACACUAGAUACCAAAAUCCUAUAACUUAAGACAGACAAUGCUCACAUCCAGCCUCUGCUCACCAUACAUACCUACCCCUAGAAAACAAUAAAUGCUUCAUUCAACUGGUUUUUGCCUUAUUCUGAGUAACUACAUGAGUUUCUGCUUUUUAUGGCCAUGAGGUAAUUUACCCUCCACAUAACUCUUCUCUAUUCAGCAAGGUCUUUUCGUCUUUGGGUCAUGGAAAGGAGUGUUUUCAGGUCUCCUGCCCAAGCCUUUAGUACAAGUUCAUGCACCUCAGGCACUGGCAUGGCUGGGGCAGAUGUCUUUACCCUGACCUUAUACAUCACUGCUCUAGUGAGCAGGUGUUCUAGCAAACUGUGCACUUUGAAGCUUGGAAAGGUACCCCAAAGCCAGGGUACCUUCACAGGACUGGGCCAGUAGGUAAAUACCUAUUGUUUUGUAGGUCUGCUGGUGUUCAGGGUUCUGAAGGUCACCGUGUUUCUGUAGCUGUUUUAAGACAUCCCCUGGGAGGAUACUGAGGCUUCUCAGGCAUGCACAUUGAUCCUGUUCGCACUAGCAGUUGUGACUGGUUCUCUUGCCUAUUUCUAUUACAAAAUGAUGAGGACUUAAGGGGACUCUUACAAUGAUAUUCCUGUUUUAAAAAAUUAAAGUCUGUCUAUUUUUUAAUAAUAAAACAUUAUACAUUUUUAA